UGUCAAUCAUUCGAGGAGGCGGGGACAAAGAAGUUGAUAAAACUAAAGUCACACCUCGAAAUAUCCAUUGAGCGAGGUAAGCUCAAGCAACUGGGUUAGCCACAUCUGCUUUCACCGAAAACCUCUUCGCCAAGAUGAAGCUGGUCUGCUCGUGGAUACUAGUUUUUGCUUUGCUUUAUGGAUGCCUUGCCAAGGAGAACACUCAAGAAAGCUCCAACACUGAAGAUGAGAAGCUCGACAUCAAGCCGCGCGCAUAUUACCCCCCAUCAGAAUGCAGAUCGUACACAAUGUUACACGGAGCCGAUCGUGCAAUGGCCAAUACCGCACAAAAUGCCCUCCGCUGUGACAAGAAUGAGUUUCCAGGUAACCUGUGGUACCGUUUCACUGGACAAGCAGGCAAUGCUAUGCCAACAAGUUGUGUACUUGAAAAACGCUGUGGAACCCACGCGCCUGGGUGGAUGGUGGGAGCUCAUCCCACUGUAGCCCAAGGUAUGGUGACUCGCAAGGUGUGCUACCACUGGACUAAAAACUGCUGCAGAUGGAGCAACUACAUCAAAGUCAGGAACUGCGGUGCAUUCUACGUCUACCAGCUUCCCAAGACACCAGUGUGCUGGCUUCGCUACUGUGGCAACGGCAUUCUUCAACCACCUGGUAAGAAGCAUCCAAGUCUCCUACUUGCUGCACCGCUGAAAUAAAAAAAAAAUAGUAA